AUGGAAGAUCCUGAUAUAGCCUGGCCUGCGUGGAAGUUUGGCAUGAAGCGGGACGCGCUCUUCACGACCCUCCACAAACAGUACAACACCUUCCAGUCCGCCAUCCAGGAUCCCGAUGCCUUUCACCACGACGUCUUUGAGAUUGCGAACGAGGCUACGACUACCGGUGAAUUUCACAAUCUGCUCGCCGUCCGCCGUGAUCAACGCCUUCGCGAACUGAACGAGUCGCUCGAAUCGGCCUCGUUCGAAAUCAUCGCAAACCCGGAUCUCGUCGGCACAACACAAUGGGAACACGCCCUUCAGCUCUUUCGGACGCGGUCGCUUGACUCGCUCGUUCGCUACUUUGCCUCCUACCUCCCCAGCAGCCACCCCUGGCACAAGGCCUCAUCCUCGGGUCAGAACACCGAAAUUGAAGCCAAAAGCCAGCCGCCCGUUGCCCCCGUGAAGCCCUUCUUCGACGAUGCCACCUUCACCCAAGAGCCGAUGGCGAUGACCCAUUCCCUCUCCCACGCCUCUCUUCACCACGACCUCCCUCCCUCGCCUCGCUCCCUGACGACAUACUCUGACGACAUGGAGACGUCGUCCCACCAGCUGUACUGUCUCAACACUCUCACUCCCGCCCGCACACUCUCCUUCGACUCCAAUGAAGGUGAUCGCCUCCAUGACAUUGAGGACGGCGAUGCUGCGCCCAACGUCGACAACGACGACGACGAUGACGAGGAGUGUCCCUCCCAGUUCGACGACGACACCUCUCAGUCCUCUGGCCCCGACACACCCGUGUCCAUGUCGGAUGCUGAGCCUGACGUCGCUGAAGAGGAGUCUCACCACCGCAGCCCUGCUGAGGCCUAUGCCACUACCAUGCAGGGGUUAGUGGAUACCACCCCCGAGCCCAAGACACCUCCCACCCCCGUCACGAACCAAAACCAUCUACCCCAACUUGAAGCCAUUGCCAAUGCCGCCACGCCAGCGACAACCGCUCACACGACCGAUGCCACCAUCGGAAGCGGUAAAUCACACUCAUCGUCGCCGUACCGUCGCCCGCUGCAGCCGGGCCUCGCUGUCGACGAUUCCUGCUCCGCCUCGCCGCUGCCUGUUAUAUUCCGCGACCGCCACCGUAGCGUCUCACCCUCUGCGCGGCCGUGGCCUGUGGCACAUGUUGAUACCGGCCGCCACCACCCUGUCGCGCCGAGCGGCAUCAUUGCUACUUUUGGCCGCGCUUCUGACCGCUCAUCCCGGCAAGGUCGCAUCCACCGCCUCGAAACCAUCGCCUCCUCCUCUACCAACACCAGACGUGCCAGCAGCUGCGGACGGCGCAGGCCAGGGCUCGGCGUCGAGAAGACUGCCUUGCCCAGACCCAUGCGGACCCGCUUCCGGGGUCGCAGGGAAGCUGCCGCGUCCGCCGGUGUCGAUGAACAAGAAAGACAAUAG